UUCUGUCAUUGUGUUCUCUGAAAAUUAUGCUUCCUCAAAAUGGUGUUUAGAAGAACUUGUGAAGAUCAUGCAUUGUAAUGAAUCGAAGCAACAAAUUGUAUGCCCUAUUUUUUACAAGGUAGAUCCAUCAGAUGUACGAAACCAAAAAGGGUAGUUUUGGUCAGGCACUUGCUCAUCAUGAUAACUUGGAGAAGGUGGCAGGAUGGAAGACAGCUCUUACAAAAGCAGGAAAUCUUUCUGGGUGGCAUUUCUCACACGGAGGGCAUGAAUCUGAAUUCAUUGAUAAAAUUGUUGAAGAGAUCUCACAACAAGUUUUAAAGUUUACAUAUUUGAAUGGGGACAAAUACUUAGUUGGAAUAGAGUCUCGUUUAAAACAUAUGGAAGAGCUUUUAUGUGUUGGAGAAAGUGACGUACGAAUGAUAGGGAUAUGGGGCAUUGGUGGAUUAGGCAAAACAACAAUUGCAAAGAGUGUUUAUAAUAAAUUUUCCCAUAAAUUUGAAGGCAGUUGUUUUUUGGAAAAUGUCAGAGAUAGAUCGUUGAAAUAUGGAGGCCUAAAAAAACUACAGAAGUUCCUUCUUUCUAAGACUCUAGGGUUGAGAGACUUAGAGGUAAAUAGUCUUGAUGAAGGAAGCAUCAUGAUAAAAGAAAGGUUAAGCCAUAGGAGAGUUUUCUUAGUUCUUGAUGAUGUGAAUGAUUUGGACCAGUUAAAAAGUUUAGUUGGAAAGUCUAAUUGGUUUGGUUCUGGUAGUAGAAUAAUCAUAACAACACGGGAUAAGCACAUGCUACAUGAUGUUAAUCACAUAUACCAAGUGGAGAAGUUAAGUCAUAGUGAAGCUUUGGAGCUCUUCAACUUUAAUGCAUUCAAAGGAAAAGGACAGAUGGGUGAUUACGUUGAACUCAUAGAUAAAGUAAUAUGCUAUGCUGAAGGGCUUCCUCUAGUUGUGGAAGUUAUGGGUUCAUAUCUACGUGGUAGAAGUACAUACACAUGGAAAGAUGCAUUAGAGUCUUGCAAAAGAGAUCCUAAGUUUCAACAAGUGCUCAAAUUAAGUUAUGAUGCACUUGAACCUUCGAUGAAGGAAGUUUUUCUUCACAUCGCAUGUUUCUUUAAAGGUAAAAAUAAGAACUAUGUGAUGGACAUAUUAGAAGGAUGUGACCUACGACCUAAACACAGCAUUGAAGUACUCAUAGAAAAGGCCCUCAUAAGCAUUACUGAAGCAAAUGGUGUUUGGAUGCAUGAUGUGCUAGAAGAAAUGGGCAAAGAAAUAGUUUGUCAAGAGUCAUCAGAGCCAGGAGAACGUAGCAGAUUGUGGUUGUACAAAGAUGUUUAUCACGUUUUUGUGCACAACACUGGAACAAGCAAAGUUAAAGGGAUCAUGGUUCUGAAAGGCGUACCAGAUCAACAAAUACCCUUGAAUAAGAAAAGCUUCUUUAAGUUAAGCGGUCUUCAAAUUCUUAUAAUUUGUGGUGAUGUAUUCUACGGAGAUCAUGUGGAUUACCUUCCCAAUGAUUUGAGACUCUUAAACUGGAAGGGUUGUCCGUUACAAUAUUUUCCAUCAGAUUUUUAUCCUAGGAAACUUGCUGCACUCAAGAUGGUUUUCAGUGAGAUAUCAUCACCAUGGACUGUACUUAAGGGAGGUUUUCUAUGUCAAAUGCCUCGGCUUUGCACAUCACCAUUGGGAAAGAGACUACAGAAUAUGUACAAUUUGAAAUCAGUCGAUUUGGGAAAUUGCAAUGGUGCAACAACGUUUUCCUACUUCUCUAGAUUGCCAAACUUAGAGGAGUUGAAAAUAAGAGACAGUAAAAAAGUUAAGAAGUUUGAAAUUGUGGAAGAGAUGAAAUCUUUGAAAAGGUUGGAUCUAAGCCGUACUGCAAUCAGAGAAUUGGCUUCAUCAACAAUCAGAUGUCUCAUUAAUCUGGAACAGUUAACUUUAUCAUGUUGCCAUAGACUUAAACAUGUGCCGUGCAGCAUUUUUGAGUUGCAACAUCUACGGCAUUUGGAUCUCUCUUAUUGUACAAAGCUGGUAACAUUUCCAACAAAGUCAGAGUUUUCAACGGGAUCGACCUGUUUACAGGACAAGCACUGUGCUCCAUUAAACGUCAAUUUGGACGGAUGCGAGCAUCUUGUAGAAAUUGCAGAAAUUCCACGAGAAAGCUAUGGCCUAAAUGUGAGACACUGCUACCGGUUGCAAAAAAUUUCAAAAUUGUCAAACAUUUUGGAAGGUAAAGAGUCAAAAUUGAUGGACUUGCUUAAUUGCUAUGAACCGUCCGGCAAUCUGGCUUGUGACGUGGCAAAGGUGAAAAAUUAUUUACCGGAUAAUUCCAGGUCAACAGGUCCGUUGUUUCUCUGGUUCUUAGGUCAACAGCAAUGUCGGCAAUCCGUGUGUCAUUUUCUCUUUGACGGCCCGAUUUACAAAUUUGGGAUUCCGGAGUGGUUCACUUGGCGCAGGGAUUUCGAUAUGGAAGGACUUCAAGGAUGUGAAUUUAGAAUUGAUUUUCCUGGAAAUUUCAAAUGGGAGGACAAAGGAUUGGCUUUCUGUGCUCAAACUGUUGAUCUCGAUCACCCGUCCUCGGCUAUGAGAACAGUCGCAAUGUACAUUAACGGAGUACACAUCACUCAAACACCGUGGCUAGCGCCGGCUUGGUCCGCGUGGGGAUAUUUGUCAUUCGAUACUAUAAUAGAACGGCUGAGUGAGAGGGGGUCACCACCACCUUCCGUGUGUCUGGUUAAGAUUGAACUUAAAACCACCCAAUUGUCUAACAAGAUUACGGACGAAGGGCCCCCGAUGCUAAGCUGCGGAGUCCACGUUGUAAUGCCAGAGGAUGAAGGCCGAUUUGUAAAUGAUUGUCAAAGGAUUCCACCGUUUUCCAUAAGAGAGCUGAAGAUCGAUGCUGAAGAGACUGACUCCUACUACGAUGCUGAAGAGAUUGACUCCUACUACGAUGCUGAAGAUCGACUAACUGUUUGAUAGUAAGUCCUUCAGAGGGAUAUUGGUUUCUUCGACUCUCAUAGUUUGAGUGGUGGACACUGUUUUGAGCUUAAUUCGAUCAUGAUCGUCAAGCGACUCGACUGUUUGAAUCCCUCUUCACCCACCCCUUCAAUCA